CACCGCUACAACAUCGACUGAGACAGUUCUAGAUCGACAAAGCACCGAGCUUGGUCCCGAUUUGCAUUGUGCUUUCCGAUCAGGGAGACAGUUCUAGAUCGACUGAGAGAAAGAGAGCAUGAAGCUGUCGUCGAUGGUUAGCAGAGUCUGCUGUAGCGUCUCUUGCUUCGCUAUUUCUCAUUUGAAAACCGGUUCGCAUCUUCAACAUCUAUUAGUUUCAUCGACCACCAAGUCAGCUCUUCUUCUUGUUCGGCCGUCAUCGUUAUCAAGCAAAUUGAGUUGUAGCAUUUCCGCUUCAAAACGGGUAUGUAGCAGAAGUAGAACCAUCGUAACUUGUUCUGCAGAUGGGUCAUACCCCACCGGCGGGGAGUCUCCGGCGAAGGCACUCCGGCGGAUUCUGGAUUCGCCUGGGAUUCACCAAGGCCCUGCUUGUUUCGAUGCUCUUAGUGCAAAGCUAGUGGAGAGAGCUGGAUUUGAUUACUGCUUCACCACUGGAUUUGGAAUAUCUGCUUCUCGGUUGGGGCUGCCAGAUACUGGAUUUCUUUCUUAUGGAGAAAUGGUAGAUCAAGGGCAACAAAUUACGCAAGCUGUGUCCAUUCCCAUUAUUGGGGAUGGUGAUAAUGGAUAUGGUAAUGCAAUAAAUGUUAAGAGAACUGUUAAAGGAUAUAUAAGAGCUGGCUUUGCUGGAAUUAUUCUUGAGGAUCAGGUGUCUCCCAAAGCUUGUGGUCACACACAAGGCAGAAAAGUAGUGUCUAGAGAGGAAGCAGUGAUGAGGAUAAAAGCAGCUCUUGAUGCUCGGAAAGAGAGUGGUUCUGACAUUGUUAUUGUUGCUCGGACAGACUCUCGUCAAGCAGUGUCAUUUGAUGAGUCACUCUGGAGAGCACGGGCCUUGGCUGAUGCUGGAGCAGAUGUUCUGUUCAUUGAUGCCCUUGCUUCUAAGGAAGAAAUGAAGGCUUUUUGUGAAGUUUCUCCACUAGUUCCAAAAAUGGCAAAUAUGCUUGAAGGAGGGAAAACGCCAAUUCUCAAUCCUGUUGAACUUGAGGAUCUUGGAUAUAAACUUGUGGUCUAUCCACUUUCCUUGAUGGCAGUUUCAAUGCGUGCGAUGCAGGAUGCACUAGCUGCCAUUAGAGGAGGUCGUAUGCCUCCUCCUGGAAGUAUGCCAUCUUUUGAAGAAAUUAAAGAAAUAUUAGGUUUUAACGCUUAUUAUGAAGAAGAAAAGCGAUAUGCUACCGGCUCUGGUCAACUUUCUUUACAGAGAGAAAGCAGCAAUCUAUACAGUAUCCAACAGGGGGUUCAAGAUGAUACUGAGAAAAGAGGUCAAAGUCCACAAGAUCCUGUGGUUGAAGUAAUAACUCCUGAUGUAUACAAUACCUAUGAUGCAGAUCGUUCACAGGAUCCAUUGUCAGGGAUUUGGUCUCGAACAUUGAGAGUCAAAAUUACUGGACGAGAUGGAUUUGAAAAACUUGAUGUUCGGAUUCCCGCUGGAUUUUUGGAUGGACUCACAAAUAUAGUUCCAGCAUUAGGGGGUGUAAACAUCAAGGCGCUGCUCGAUGAUGCUGCUUCAGAAGUGGGAGGGAAGAUGUUGUUGGAUUUUAGUGACACAAUGGGCGACAGGAUUCAAGUCUUCUUGGAGUAAAUAGAUCCACCUUGAAAACUCUUUUUAAAGGGAUGCAUGUCUGCGGGAUCUUCUAGACCUCCGCUAUUGCUGCUGCAAAUUAACAUACAUGCCAGAAAGAAGAAUGAGAUUAACACCAAACUUGCGAUUUUGGGAUUUAGUUUCUCAGAAGGUUGUUUCAUUGUGUUCUUCUAACCUUUUAAAGUUCUCCGUGUAAUAUUACGUUAGAAAUUUUAUACUUCAAACUAGUGUGUUUCAUCCCAAAUUAUUAAAAAAAGAACAGAAAAAACCGUAGGAUUCAACCAAAGCCAGACGCCUAAACAAGUGGCAAUAUAUCAAUAAAUAAAUCAAAUGAAAGGCAGCAUAUAUUAUACAUUGAUGGAGGAAAAAUGAAUUAUCAAAUUUAUUGUUCAGCAAGAGGGUAAUGUUAUACCAUAAAUUUCGAACGAACUUUGAAAAACAAAAAGAAAAAAGAAGGUAUGGUGGGGGACUAAAAGGGGAACUGAUGAGAAGUUCCCCCUAUUGUAUACAACUCGCAACGGCCAAGGCCACCAGCCCAGAAUCUACAGAAAUUCUCAUGACUCGAUCAGGGAGAAACAGAUGGUACAGCAAUUUCCAAAGAAACUUAGUAGAAGUUGGGAGAUAAUACAUUGCAACAAGCAGCUCUGCAGAAAAUUACAACUGAUUUCGAUAUUAAAGCUUCUUAGUACCAAAAGCCAGGUGAGAGAGGGAGAGAGAAAAAG